AUGAAGUUCUUUGAUGUCGCAGUUACAUUCACUGCCGAUCAAUUCCAAGGGAUCUACCGCAGGAAGCAGUACCAUGAUCCCGACUUCGGAGAGGUUCUGAAGAGAGCGCGUGAAUAUGGGUGUGAUAAAGUGAUGCUCACCACGAUGACUCUUGAGGGCGCAAAGAAAAAUCUGCAAGCAGUGAGGGAUGCCCCUGCAAUGUGCAAAAUGACACUUGGUGUGCACCCAUAUCAUGCAGCAGAGAUCUAUGAAAAGCCAGAGUCUCAAUAUCUCAACGAGCUCCGCGAACUCGGCGAAAAUUUGCUGGCCGAAAAAUCUUCUCCUUUAGCGGCUUUUGGCGAAAUCGGGCUUGACUAUGAAUACCUGGAACGGGCAGACAAGGAAACGCAACAGCGCGCAUUCCGCGAACAAUUAGAGCUGGCUGUACACUUCCAACUGCCACUUUUCUUACAUGUUCGCGAAUCUACGGAUGACUUCAUCUCCAUUAUCGAACCUUAUCUUCCACGACUUCCUCGGGGCGGACUUGUGCAUUCCUUCGCAGGGACGAAGGACGAGAUGCUCCGACUCGUGGGGUUGGGGUUUGAAAUCAGUGUCAACGGCGUCUCAUUCCGAACCGAUGAACAGUUGGAGAUGGUGAAGCACAUUCCAUUGGACAAGUUACAGCUUGAGACCGAUGCGCCAUGGUGCGAAGUACUGGUCAAUGAUCCGAAGAUCGCACCGUUCCUGGAAAAGGCGAGACCCUUGCCACCCAGUCGGAAGCACAACAAGUUUAUCAUGGGUCAAAUGGUCAAGACUCGCAAUGAAAGCUGCAAUAUGGAACUUGUGGGCUUGGUAGUGGCUGGAUUAAAGGGAAUCUCUAUCGAAGAUGUCAUUGAAGCAGCGUGGACGAACAGCAGUCGCAUGUUUUGGUGA